AUGCAGCCAGCACCCCUUCCCCACCCCUUCCCCCCCACAUCGCAGCCAUCACCCCCGGGAAGGAGAGGCCUUAACCCCGCCGCCCAGGGCCGCACCUGCGCCAGGGACAGGACCGUCCCGCCGCGGGAGGGCGGGACCGGGACCGGCCGCUCCCGGGAACUGGUGCGGGACGGGCCGGAGCUCGGUGUUCCCCUCAGGGAGUUACUUUACAAAGAAAGAAUACAUGCAAGGAACAAGAUGUCUCAUGCAGGGCGAUACCAAGAUAAAAAAUACAGACACCAUCAGAAUCAUGGAUCUGAUAGAUACAAAGAAGACAGAAGACCAAGAAAACCAUACUCGUACAAUGGAAGACCAACAGAAGACGGCCGAGGUGUCCAGCACUCAAGGAUGUCCACUGUUUGCUCAGACCUUUACUCUAAAACCUCAGGAGCAGCACAGGAAUAUUUUGGCCCACCACCAGAAUGUUAUCCUCCCAAGGAAACCUUCUCAAUGAAGUGUUCAAAGGUAUGCACAACAAGAGGCAUUCUGAAGUUUGUGGAAAUCACAGUUAACCUCCUAGUGCUGAUCUGCGUGGCCGCUGCCCAAGCUUCUGUUGCAGGCUUCACCUCCUUUGGCGGCUUUGGCACCGGAUCCUUCAGCCUGGAUUCAGCCUAUAUCCCCUUUGAGGGCACGGAGCUCCAGGAGGUGAGGGAUCUGGACAUGCAGUUCACUCAGAUGAGGGCCCCUUGUGUCUACGGUGGAGUCGCCUUCAGCUUAACAGCGGCAGCGCUGACCCUCGUCUUCUGGUCGUGGGGCAAAACCAUCCAGCAGCUCCGGACGGGGCUGGCAGGAGAAUGUGCCUUCAACCUGCUGGCAGGCACGGCCUAACCGUGGCAAGUCGGCCUCUACCUGCAUUUUGUCAGCCAGGUCAACUCCACAGAAGUUUGCCGGAGGCGUGAGAGGCUCUACGCACCGGGUUACACCUCCAUGGGCUGCGUGGUCCAGGGUGGGACGCAGCCGUCGGUUUUUGGUGUUGUUGCUGCCUGUUUGUACUUUGCCAGCUUGGUCUGCAUCCGUGCUAUCCGAACCCUCCGAGCCUUCCAGAGCCACGUGGCCGAGACUCAGCACAGCCCCAAAAGCAGCAUUAGAGACAGAAGCAAGAACCACCGUGCUGUCCGCAGGACCUCUGAAAAUUCCCAGGGCGUCCAGGCUCUUGCUACAUUAGUGUGAAGUCAGCUCCGGGACUGUCUCAGGGAGCUGGAGUGCAGCAAGUGAUGGACACUGGGCACUGCAUACUAAACAGGUGACCAGCCACAGUGUGUUGUCUGCAAGGUACUGCAGUGUGUAUCGAAUCACCAAAUGUAAUAAUACUGCUGUAACAUAUAACAUGUUGUAAUGUAAACAUUUAUAAUAUGUUGUAAUAAAUUG